AUAUGCUUUCUGCAGUAUUUGGUGGUGAGUACACAAGAAUGCAGAUGCCAGCCAGUCCGAUCUGUCCACGUCCCCGUCGUACCCCCUGGGACCUUCUGUGCGCGUGCUUACUGCGCGUACACCACCCAAGAUCUGAGCACAGAUGCUAAGGACGAAGGGCGAAAGGCGAGUAACCAGCGCCUUAUAACUGGUUCUACUCGGCAGGGACGAUACCCGAAAUCAAACGGAGUUAGGCCUCGAACUCAAAGGUGGCAGCCCCAUCAGAGGUCUAGGGUGCAGAGGGCUAAUCACUCACUCAUCUGAAACCAAAACAUGAUUACAAAAGGAAAAGUAAAUAAACCCGAUCGGAUCUUCACAAAACGACCUGGCUAUGUUAAAACGGUAAAUGAUUUUACCCUGUGUACUUGGAAUGUACGGUCACUGUACAGAGACGCAGGACUUAGAUUGCUAUGUCAGCAGCUUACAGCCCACGGUGCUAAUAUUACAGCGAUACAGGAGAUGCGUUGGACGGGAAAAGGCAUAAUAGAAAAACCUAAUUUCAAUACCUAUUAUAGCUGUCAUGAGAAACAUCACAUCUUUGGUACCGGCUUCAUCGUCGAUCGAAAGAUGAAGCCCCUAGUUAUAGAUUUUAAACCAGUAAAUGAGAGGUUAUGCACAAUACGAAUAAAGGGUAAGUUUCAUAACUAUACAAUUGUAAAUGUCCACGCACCGACCGAAGAGACGGAUGAUGAACAGAAGGAACGCUUUUACACCGAACUCGAAGAUUUAUGUACAAUGAUACCAAAAGGAGACAUUAAAAUGAUAGUUGGCGACUUUAACGCUAAAUUAGGUCGAGAACAGACGUUUCUUCCUACAAUUGGCAACCACAGUUUGCACGAAAACACAAAUGACAAUGGAAUGCGUCUGAUCACAUUUGCAGUAUCCCUUAAUUUGGUUAUAGGUAGCACAUGUUUUCCACAUAAAGACAUACACAAAAUGACAUGGUGCUCCCCGGAUGGUAAAACAUUUAAUCAAAUUGACCACGUCCUCUUAGAUAGCCGGCACUACUCGAACUUGUUAGAUGUUAGGACACACAGAGGAGCUAACAUAGACUCUGACCACUUCCUCGUUGUUGCCAAAAUAAGAGCUCGGAUAUCUAACCUGAAAUAUAAAAAACACCAAAAAGAAAAUAAGUAUAAUAUUCAACUUCUACUGGGCUACGCAGAUGAUAUAGAUAUCAUAGCCAGGUCAGGGCCCGAAAUGGAAAGUGCUUAUCUUGCUCUCGAAGAAGCAUCCAAUGGAGCAGGUUUGACGGUAAAUGCAGAAAAAACGACAUACAUGCAUGCUUCAAGAUCAACACCUGACAUCAAUGAAAAAGUUGUAACCAUAGGGGAACAUAACUUUGCGGUAGUGGAUAGUUUUGUCUAUCUGGGUUCAAUGGUGACGAGGGAGAACGAAAUAUCUGUAGAGAUCAGAAGACGAAUAAUGGCGGCAAAUAAAUGCUAUUUCAGCCUUUUAAGAUAUUUUCGUUCUAAACUUCUAACCCGAAAAAUUAAACUACUACUGUAUAAAACACUUCUGAGGCCUGUACUAAUCUAUGGUUCCGAGACUUGGGUUCUCAGUAAAGGCGAUGAGAAUGCAUUGCUGGUGUUCGAGCGGAAAAUUCUCAGGCGUAUUUUUGGUGCCGUGUGCGAAGACAACCAAUGGCGAAGCCGGUACAACCAAGAGCUCUAUGACUUGUACAAGGAGCUGAACGUGGCGGGACACAUCAAGUUGAACAGGCUUAGAUGGGCCGGCCACGUGGAGCGGAUGGAUGAAGCCAGAGUCCCUAAGAAUGUUAUGGCGAGUAAUCCCGAAGGUCGUCGAAGUCGAGGGAGACCAAAGCUCCGAUGGAUAGACGGCGUUAAUAAGGACGCAAAAAAAGUGGGCAUAGCAAACUGGAAGUCCGUGGCCAGAGAUAGACCGAGGUGGAAAAAGUUGCUGGACCAAGCCAAGGCCCACAAAGGGCUGUAGAGCUAGCA